GUCCCAAGCAACAGAAAGAUAAAAGAAAACAAAGUAAAGCUUGUAACCAGUGUGAAGGCACAAUGCCGCCUACUUUACUUCCUUUGAAAAUACCAAGUGAUACCCAGGUACUAAAGGACUCAAUGAAACAAGACAAUGUCUCAAAACUUCCAAGCAAGCCGAGACCGUUUGUACCAGCAAUAUCAGACAUUAAGCCCCGGCAUGAGAUCAAGCCCAUUAGACAACUAGAUAAAUCUGAUUUGGAAAAGUUAGAAAAAGGAAGGAAUAAGAAUAAAUUGAAACUAGCAGAAUCUAAAGCAUUAGCUUUAGCAUCUAGCAGUAGUCUUCCCCUUCAUCUUCUGAUGGCUUCUUUACUAGAGCAGCUGUGUUUCAUGUAUGUCAAGGAUAAAACUAAGUCAAAUCAGCUCUUUAAAAUUUUGUGUGAGCGCCUCAUCAGCCUGCAUGUCAUAGCUCCUAUGAGUCACUUAGAUGAGAUGAGUAGCUUGCGUUUUCAACACAGAACAAUGUUAGAGAAGGUUAUCCUAUCAGCCAUGAAAUCAAUAGAUCAGUCCCUGCUUGCUCUGCCUCCUACAUCCCAAAAUUUUAAUUUGAGCAUUGAUAGGUUGAACAUAUCUGAUGAGGACAUUAUAUGGCAGCACACCUCACACUAUAGGAAUGAAUUUCAUGAAAUCUGCUUGCUAGGAAAAGGAGGCUUUGGUUCCGUGUAUAAAGCUCGCAAUUAUUUAGAUGGAUGUGAAUAUGCUGUGAAGAAGAUUAGGUUUACUCAUAAAAAUACAGAAAUGCUUAUAAAGCUUUUACGGGAGGUUAAAGCACUUGCGAACCUGCAGCACAGCAAUAUUGUUGGCUAUAAUGCUGCAUGGAUGGAGUAUGAUAGUCCCUAUACCUCAAUAAAAUGCAACUCUUCAAAUGAGAGUCCACCAGAACAAGAUAGUAUUACUAAUGAAACACAAGACAACAGUAUUAUUUUCUGCUCUGAUGAUGAAAAUGAGGCAGAAGCUGACAGAAAUAGUUUAAACCUGUUACCAGGUGGUGUGGGCCUGGCGAUGAAUGCAAAGAUCUUCAGCACAGUCAAAGUGGAAGAGAUGACAGAGAAGAACCAGCUGACUGGUGCUGACAACGCCUGUCAGGUCAAGGCAAAGAGGCUUAAAAAAACAAACAUGCAAAUGAUCAUUGAGGAAGAGGUUUCCUCUGAGGUCAACUUUGACUAUUCAGACAAUAAUUGUGAACCACUUUAUGAGGACAAGCCUUUACAUUCUGGGAGAAGUGUUAAAUCUGAGAAAACGUCAAAAAAUAAAAUCAGUAAAAGUUUACAAAACAAACCAGUGUCUAUAAAUCAGCAUAGUGAAGACAGUGAAGUACAGAAGCUCAUUAAUAUUUCUUCCAAAUCAAAAACUCUGAAAACUGGUGACCUUGAAGAUCUUGCAGCAAUCAGUGAUAAAUUUCUUUCUAUUCAGGAAACUGUCUGUUCUUCCUCUAUCACAUUGGAUAAUAAAAGUGCCGAACCCAAACACAGUCAGUCAUUAAUUAAUUUAAAAUCUUCAUCAAAGCGCAGCAAAUUUUUUCAUUCAGAAUCUACCUCAGUGCUAGGUGCUGUGUUCCAAGAGAUGAACUCCACUUCCAUAGUGUCUCAUAAAAAAAUAUCUUCUGUUGUAAAUGAGACAAUAACUAGUAUGGACAGCAGACUGUCCUCCCAGCCUGAUACUCAUCUCACAUGUUCAGAAGACUCUGAAAGUUCUAACUCAGAUUCUGAUGUUGCUAGUAGAUCUAGAAGCUUUCAAAUAAAUCACACACAAAAAUGUACCCCAUCUUACAAACAGUUUGUUCAUUCAGAUGUUCUUAACGAGGAGGCUGAAGUUAUAGAGUGCAGUAAUCGUAGGUUUGACUUCCAGAAUUCAAUUACACUUUAUAUACAAAUGGAGUUGUGCUCAUUAACUUUGCAAGAAUGGCUUCAUGAAAGAAAUGCAGUAUUUAAUCGGGAUGGAUAUGAUGCCACGCUGAUGUGUUCAGAUAACUUGAGGAUAUUUCACCAGGUUCUACUAGGUGUCAACUAUAUACAUUCUCAUGGGCUCAUUCAUAGAGAUCUUAAGCCUAGAAAUAUAUUUUUAUCUGGAGAGGAUCUUCAUGUUAAAAUUGGAGACUUUGGACUUGCCAAGGAGGAUAUGCUCAGACCAAAUAGAGACAGAGAUGUUAAGCGCCACUAUUCAUAUCAGGAAGCAUCAUCAUUUGAGUUUGACAACCACACAAGUGGAGUGGGCACCUCUGCCUAUGCCUCGCCUGAGCAGCUGCAAGGAACUGUUUAUGACAUAAAGAGUGACAUGUACAGCUUGGGUGUUAUCCUCUUUGAGAUGUUUAACACCUUCAACACUGAGAUGGAGAGGGUCAAUGAAAUUAUCUCCCUUAGAGAGAAAAGCAAAUGUUCAUUAGCAUUCAGACAAAAGUGGCCUCUUCAGGCAGACUCAAUAGAAGCACUCAUCAAAACAGAGCAGCGUGAAAGACCAUCAGCACAAGAUUUGCUGAACAGUUCUUUGUUUCUUUCUCAAGAGCAGCAAAUCAAACGCCUCGUACAGACAAUUCAACAGCAGCAGAAGGAGCUUCAGCAUUAUGAAAGUUUAGUUAAAGACAAAGACAAGACGAUUGUUCUGCUUCAGCAAGAGUUAAAUUUAGUUAAAUCUGGUAAAAAACAAUAAUGUUUGUUCUUCAUGUGACUAACUUAUUUGAGAUAAAUGAAAAUAACAGAACAUGUAUGUAUGGGGUAUGAAUCAGCAGCAUAUAUUUUUCAGUGACUUUCUUGUUUGAGAUAAAUGAAAAUAACAUAUUUAUGUGUGUGUUUCAAGACCUUGCUGUGCUGUUUAAUCCAAAGCUGUUGAUAUCCAGGGAGUAGUUCAGGCUACAGUAAAUAUCUAUCAUCACU